UGCGUCAUGCGCAGUAGCGUCAAGCGGAGCAUAUGGCUAACAAUGUAAACAGAAAAUAACCUGCCUAAAAAUGUGCAAAAAAACCCCUAUCUGUGAUCACAGUUAUGUAGUUUAUAUUUAAAGUUUAAUAUUUCUGUAAGUGUAAAGACUGAUUAUGUGCAAUAAGCAACAGAAGACUCACGUGCAUCUUCCAUUACAGGAGAAGAUUAAUAUUAUAAAAAGCCUCAAUAAUGGAAGUACAAAAAAUAAGUUGAGAGAAAUAGCUGAGCAAUACCAUAUUUCACCAUCGGUUGUUAGUAGAUUGAAGAAAAAUUCAGAAAGCCUUAAAGAUGUUGAGAAUUUAAGUCCAAAAGUCCUGCAAAAGAGGAAGGUCAAAAAACCAGUGCAUAAUGCUGAUUUGGAGAAAGUUUUAAUCAGGUGGUUUAACGAGAAACGUGCUGCGGGUGAACCAGUGAGUGGACCGCUGAUUUGCGAAAAGGCUUUGGUGUUAAAUGAACAAUUAAACGGCUCGGAAAAUUUUAAAGCUAGCAAUGGCUGGCUGCAUGCGUUUAAAAAAAGAUAUGGUAUUAGACAGUUAUCUAUGAAAGGAGAAAAAUUAUCUGCGGAUGUUGAUGCUGCCAUAAGUUUUGCCUUUUAUUUUCAAAAUUUAGUUGAAGAGGAAGGCUGCGAUUUGAGUUUAAUUUUUAAUGCAGACGAAAGUGGAGUUUAUUGGAAACGGCUGCCAGAAGUAACUCUAGCUGGAGCAAACGAGGAUUAUGAUUGUCCAGGUUGGAAAUUAAAAAAGGACCGGGUGACCGUUUUAUUUUGUUCAAACGCAGAUGGUUCUUUCACUCUACCAUUACUAGUUAUUGGAAAAUCUGAAAGACCCCGUUGCUUUAAUAAUAAUUAUACUACGUCUUUACCAGUCACGUAUACACAUCAAGCCUCAGCUUGGAUGAAUGCAAAGAUUUUUUUCAGUUGGUAUAAAGAUCAGUUUAUUCCGUUAGUACAGGCCAUGCAAGUGCAAACACAAAAAUAUGGAAAAGUAUUGCUGUUACUCGAUAAUGCUAACUGCCAUCCACCGAAAGAAAUUCUAAAUAAUGUAAACGAAAAUUUUAAAGUUGAAUUUUUACCUCCCAACGUUACGUCACUCAUCCAGCCAAUGGAUCAAGGCGUAUUUGCAAAGGCAAAAACUCUCUAUCGAAAGGAUCUACUUAGAUUGUUAAUAUUAAAAAAUGACCACAUUGCUGUUCAGGACUUUAUGAAAUCUUUUAACCUCAGAGACUGCUGUUGCAUGCUUGCAAAGGCAUUCCAAUCCUUGACUCAGGAGAACUUACAAAAUGCUUGGAAUAAGCUCCGUGGAAUUUCAAGAGUAAUGGAAAAGAAUAGUAAUGAUUCUGACAAUUCAACAACAAUUAGCCAAAUGCAUGCAAUGGUCAACAAAAUUAAAGGUCUUGAAAAAGUUGAUCGAUCUGAGGUAAAAGAAUGGUUAUCUGAAGAUCAGCACGAGCCUGGAUGGAAACAACUCAGCGACUGCGAAAUUAUUGAAAUUGUCACAGGAAAAAAUCCUCAAACCAUUGCGAAGGAAAAGUUACAUGAGAGAAAAAUCUUCCAAUCAAUAGAGCCUAACAGUAUCAGUAUUCCAAGUUCUGAAGAUAUUAACACCACAGUUCACAUUUUACACAAUUGGUGUAAACAGAAAAAUGAAUAUACACUUUCGGAUUAUCGUCUCUUUCGGAAAUGGGAGAAUCUGACUAUGAAAAAAUCUCAAGAAGAAGUUUCCAAAAGUUCUGAUGCUAACAAUAGUGAUAUAAUUCCAAAGCUAUAAUGUCAAAGAAUAUACGAAUGUUAUGAAAUGUGUUCUUCAUAAAUAAUUACAUUAAAAAUAUUUAUUUUCAUUAUAUAUUUAAAACGUUGCUUUAUAAUAUUUUAAAUUACAUUAUGUAAGAAAAUUGUUGAAACUCAGAUCUUUAUUUUAAUUCUAAAUAUAUUAUGAGACAAAUAAUAAAAAUUA